UUCUUUUCUUUCCUUGUCUAGGCUCGAGAGACACAGAGAUGGCCUCCCCUCUUCUCUUGCUUUUCUCCUUGCUGCUAAUGCUUCAUCAUGCAGCCACUACACGAGCAGAGCAAACCAACCACUACAACUUCAAUAUACAAAUGGCGAAUGUGACUCGGCUUUGCAGCACCAAGAGCAUCCCGACCGUGAACGGGCAGUUCCCGGGGCCGAAGAUCGUCGCCAGAGAAGGAGACCGAGUCGUCGUCAGGGUCAUCAACCACGUCGAGCACAACGUCACCAUUCACUGGCAUGGAGUUCGGCAACUGCGGAGCGGAUGGGCAGACGGUCCGGCCUACGUGACCCAAUGCCCUAUCCAGACGGGGCAGAGCUACGUAUACAACUUCACGGUCGCGGGGCAGAGAGGCACUCUGUUUUGGCACGCCCACAUCUCGUGGCUCAGGACCACCCUCUACGGCCCCAUCAUCAUCCUUCCCAAGCUCGGUGUCCCCUAUCCCUUCGCCAAACCCUACAAAGAAGUCCCUAUCAUUUUAGGGGAGUGGUGGAAGGCUGAUACAGAGGCCAUCAUUAGCCAAGCGCUUCAGACCGGAGGAGGCCCUAACGUCUCAGAUGCCUACACCAUCAAUGGCCUUCCUGGUCCCCUGUACGACUGCUCAGCUCAAGGUGAUACGUUCGAGCUGAAGGUGAAGCCGGGGAAGGCGUAUUUGCUCCGACUCAUCAACGCUGCAAUCAAUGACGAUCUGUUCUUCAGCAUCGCCGACCAUGCCGUCACCGUCGUCGACGUCGACGGCGUUUACGUGAAGCCCUUUGACACCGAGAUCGUUCUGGUAGCGCCCGGGCAAACCACCAACCUUCUCCUCCGCACCAAGGGCUACUACCCCAACGCCAGGUUCCUCGUCGAGGCCAGGCCUUACUCCACCGGCCAAGGCACCUUCGACAACACCACCGUCGCCGGUUUCGUAGAAUACGGUGGUGUCGCCUUCGGCGAGACUCUGCCGCUCCGCAAGCCAACCCUCCCGGCGUUCAACGACACGUCGUUCGCGGCAAACUUCUCCGGGAGAUUGCGCAGCCUGGCGACCGCCCAAUUCCCGGCCAACGUGCCGCGGUCCGUGGACCGGCGGUUCUUCUUCACGGUGGGACUGGGGACGAGUCCCUGCCCGGUCAACGGCACGUGCCAGGGGCCGAACGGCACCAAGUUCGCCGCCGCCGUCAACAACGUGUCUUUCGCGACGCCGGAGACGGCGCUGCUGCAGGCGCACUACGCCGGGCGGUCGAGGGGAGUCUACUCGCCGGACUUCCCUAUGUACCCACUCCGUCAGUUCAACUACACCGGGACGCCGCCGAACAACACGAUGGUGGGCAACGGUACGAAGCUGGUGGUGCUUCCGUUCAACGCCAGCGUGGAGUUGGUGAUGCAGGACACCAGCAUCCUGGGCACGGAGAGCCACCCGCUGCACCUCCACGGCUACAACUUCUUCGUCAUCGGACAGGGCUCCGGCAACUUCGACCCGGCCAAGGACCCGGCCAAUUUCAACCUACUAGAUCCGGCGGAGCGAAACACCGUCAGCGUUCCGGCCGCCGGAUGGGUGGCGAUAAGAUUCUUGGCAGACAAUCCAGGUGUAUGGUUCAUGCACUGUCACAUUGAGGCGCACAUGAGUUGGGGAUUAAAGAUGGGGUGGCUGGUCCUCGACGGAAGCCUUCCCAGCCAGAAGCUGCCGCCGCCGCCGGCGGAUCUACCCAAGUGUUGAUGACGACGGCUAACCUGCACGGACUCAAUUAACAUCAAAUUUAUUAAUAUUUUUGUUUCCAUUUCUUUUUUGAAAUAUUGUGGUUCGUCCGUGAGUUGCGCCAUUUGUUUCGGUCGCUAUCUUGGUUCAAUUAUUUCCUCGAAUAAAGACUUGCAAAUGAGCUUGAUUGGCA